GGGAGGCCCCGAGAGGCCCCCAAGACGGCCGCCGAAGGCGUCCGUAGCCAGGCUCUGGCCCUUGGUGUGGCGGAGCGCCCACCCUUUGACCCGGGAUACCGCACACACUCGUGACACUCCAUGCGGUGCGCGCUCGCGCUCCGCUGUUACACAUCGGCCGUGCUGCUGGGCGGCUGCUGGGCGCUCCGGCUUGGCGCGCGCGACGGCCCCGCCGCCCCCGCGGCCGCCGCCGCGGAGGUGCGCCGGCUGGAGGGCCGCAGGGCGGAGCUGGCGGCGGCCGUGCGGCGCCUGCAGUCGGAACUCGGAAAAGCCAAGACCAAGCUCGGCGAGAGCAGCGACGAGCUCGCCAAGGCCAGGGAGGUCCUCGCCGAGGCGAGGGCGAGUGUCGAGGCCGAGGCGAAGCAGAAGACCACAGCUGAGGCGGAGAAGGCCGUGCCCGGCGGCGUCGCUGGUGAGGCCGGGGGCGGCGCCGCUGCCGGCGGCGGCGGCGGGGCCGCGCCUGUCGGCGUCGUGCCGACGCCGUGGUGGAGGGAGGAUGCCAACACCCAGAUGCUGCAGAUCCCCCCGACGUGGCGCCACAGCCUGGAUCGCACAGGAGGCCGGCGCGACCGCGCGGGGCCUGAGACGAGGCCCGAGAAGGAGGUGACGGCCAUUGUCACGCACGCCGGCAAAAACAGCCAGGAGUUCAUCGAUAUGGCUGUGAUGCUUGCCGUCUCGCUGAAGCGCCACGUGCCCGACUAUCCCCGUUUCGCCAUCGCGGUCAGAGGGAUAACCGAGACGAACCAGGAAACGCUGGCGAAGGCUGGCUGGACCGUCGUCCUGGUGGACGACUGGAUGGAGCUGCAGCAGAGGGAAAAUGCCUCGCUGGUGCCGUUGGCGCAGAUGAAGCUCAACGGCACGACGGGCGCUGGCCCACCACCCUCAACGGCACAGCGAGGACUGAAACUCCUGGAUUUGGAGGCGAUUCCCGACGAGGACAGGUUCUUCUGGCGUUGGGCGGACGUCUUCGAGAAACUCAACAUGUUUAGGCUGCCGUUUGGCCGCGUCCUGUACCUGGAUGCGGACACCUACGUCAUGAGCGAUCAGUUGGACUUCCUGCUGAACUCCACCACACUACCCAACGGCAACAUUGGCAUGGUGCACGACGGGUGCAAGACGGGCCCAGCUCAGGACGGCGAGUACAACUCUGGCGUCAUGCUCUUCAAGCCGCACCGGGGAAUGUUUACGAAGAUGUUGAAGCUAGUCGGAGGUGUCAUGAGCGGUGCGUUGGAAGCGAGGCACGAUCAGCCGAUCAUCAACGAAGUUUAUAAGGGCCGGGUGAGCGCGCUGGACAGGAAGUACAACUGCAUAGACCUUACUGGCCGGACGGCGGCUGCCGAGUGUGCCCAGAAGUGCAACGAGGUGGUGGUCACUCACUUCACCGGCCUCCCAAAGCCAGCCACCGCCGACGAGAAGUUCCUCGACAUAGUCCGGAGGCCCCACUCUCCGAUUCUGCACUGCUUCAAUACGAACCACGGCUCGUGCGGCGCCUGGUCGGAGUACUACUGCGACGUCCACCAGAACCGGCAGGCGCUGACCAAGAGGCUGCAGGAUACUGUGGAAGCUACUGGGGGCUGCUGCCAUAGCCCUCGGCAGGCGGACGAUCCUCCCGAGUGCCGCGAUGAGUGUCCGAGCCAGGUCAAGGUGGACGGCUGGAUGCCCGAGGGAGCUGUUCCUGGCGUGUUCAACAAGACGAAUCUUCCGUCUGACCCGGUUCUGAACGCGGGGCGGCCAAUCUAUGCUGGCCCCGCAUUAACGGAGAGUGCCGGCAUCAACGGAUCUUCGUAUAUGUGGUAUAUGAAGCCGUACGGCAAUUGGGUGAUCGGCUUGAACUACAAGACGCCCGUAGCCUGGACCUACUCGCACGAGCGCGCGUCGUGCCCCUCGGACACCAGCCUGUGGAAGAGAACGGAUGCGAAGACGGACGUGAAUACGAUGGUGUCUGUCGUCUCCGACAGCCCCAUUGCGGCGGACAUGGUGCUCGACUUGAAGUCUGGGUCUGGAGAAUGGAUGAAGUAGGCCAGUGUCAGCCGCCCCAGAGAGUUGUGAUCCUGCUCGAAGCGUGGGCUCGCGAGUACAAGCGCAGCCAGCGCGGUCAAAUAACCAACAAAACGUCUGGCAGGCUUGCUCGCCGGGGCGGCCGGCGGGGGGCUUCCCGGCGAGCCGCGGAAGGAAAGCGUGGAGACCACGGAAGUCUCAGGGGCG